AUGCAAGCUCCAGUGGUGUACUUGAACGCCAAUACAGAAAGACAAAGCGGGCGCCAGGCGCAGGUGUCUAACAUUACUGCUGCCAAGGCGGUGGCUGAUAUUAUCCGUACAUGUCUCGGGCCCAAGGCCAUGCUUAAGAUGUUGUUGGAUCCUAUGGGAGGUAUCGUGUUAACUAACGAUGGACACGCUAUUUUGCGUGAAAUCGACGUGUCUCAUCCAGCUGCCAAGUCGAUGAUUGAGCUAAGUAGGACUCAGGACGAGGAGGUUGGUGAUGGUACUACUACCGUGAUCAUUUUGGCGGGUGAAAUAUUGGCCCAGACGUUCCCAUAUAUCGAGAAGAACUUGCACCCGGUGGUGAUUAUCCAGGCGUUGAAACAGGCGUUGAACGAUGCUUUGGAGAUCAUUCACUCGGUUUCUGUGCCUGUGGAUAUCGAAAACGACGAGGCUAUGAUCAAGUUGAUCAAGGCUUCCAUCGGUACGAAAUACGUGCACAAGUGGUCUGAAAAAAUGUGCCAGUUGGCUUUGAACGCUGUUAGAACCGUUAAGGUCGAGCAGGGUGACUAUAAGGAGAUUGAUAUCAAGAGAUACGUGCGUGUGGAGAAGAUUCCAGGUGGUGAAGUCACCGACAGUGAGGUGUUGGACGGUAUUUUGUUGAAUAAGGACGUGACGCAUCCAAAGAUGAAGAGACACAUUGAAAACCCCCGUGUCAUUCUUUUGGAUUGUCCAUUGGAAUAUAAGAAGGGUGAAUCCCAGACUAAUAUUGAAAUCACCAAGGAAGAGGACUGGAACAGAAUCUUGCAGAUUGAGGAAGAACAGGUCAAGUUGAUCUGUGAGCAGCUUUUGGAGUACAAGCCUGAUGUGGUUAUCACCGAGAAGGGUGUUUCCGAUUUGGCCCAGCACUACUUGUUGAAGGGUGGUGUUACUGCUUUGAGAAGAGUUAAGAAGUCCGAUAACAACAGAAUCGCCCGUGCUACCGGUGCUACCAUUGUCAACCGUAUUGAAGACUUGAAGGAGUCUGAUGUCGGUAUUAACUGUGGCCUUUUCAAGGUCGAACUUAUCGGUGAUGAAUACUACACUUACUUGGUCAAGUGUAAAGAGCCACGCUCUUGUUCCGUCUUGUUGAGAGGCGCCUCCAAGGAUAUCUUGAACGAAAUCGACAGAAACCUUGUGGAUGCCAUGUCUGUUGCACGUAACGUCAUGUUCGAAGCUUCCUUGUCGCCAGGUGGUGGUGCUACCGAGAUGGCUGUCAGUGUCAAGCUUGCCGAGAAGGCCAAGUCUAUCGAGGGUGUCGCUCAGUGGCCAUACCAAGCCGUCGCUGAUGCUUUCGAGAUCAUCCCAAGAACAUUGGUGCAAAACUGCGGUGGUAACGCUAUCAGAGUGUUGUCACAGUUGAGAGCCAAGCACGCCGAGGGCCAACACACAUUUGGUAUCGACGGUGAGAACGGUAAGGUGGUGGACAUGAACGAAUACGGUAUUUGGGAGCCUGAGGUGAUCAAGCAGCAGUCUAUCAAGACCGCCGUGGAGAGUGCAUGUCUUUUGUUGAGAGUGGACGAUAUUGUCAGCGGUGUUCGUCAGCAGCAGUAG